UCCCCUCCCCUCCCCUCCCGCGAUGCCGCCGGGCCGAGUCCCCCCGGCCCGAGAGCGGCGGCUCGGCGAGAACAAAAGGCAGGAGCGGGAGGAGGCGCGAGGAGGAGGGCAGGCGGCCACGGUGGGGGGAUAAAAGGCUCAGCGAGGACCCCCCCCCACCUCCUCCUCCUCCUGUGCCCCAUGUCCGAGCCCGCUCCGCCGCCCGGCAUGGCCCGCCCGCCGCUGCCCGCCGCCGCUGCCUUGCUGGCGGCCGCUCUGCUGCACUGCGCGCCCGCCGCGCCCGCCCGCCGCCACAAACCGGACGUGUCUCGCAAGCAUCCCCCCUGGAAGGAGCAGGCUCCCUGGCUCUCUGCCCUGGUGAAUGCUGUGGCUGUGCCAGCCAAGGGGCUGCCUGGGGGGGCAGGGGCUGCCUGGAACCCCCCUCGCUGCGGGGUGCCCGACCUGCCCCCGCUGCCGGGCCGGAACCGCCAGAAACGCUUCGUGCUCUCGGGGGGCCGCUGGGACAAGACCAACCUCACCUACAGAAUUAUCAGGUUCCCAUGGCAACUUGUAAAAGCUGAAGUGAGGAGGACCAUUGAGGAGGCUUUGAAAGUGUGGAGCGAUGUGACCCCGCUGACCUUCACGGAGGUGCAGGAGGGCCGGGCUGACAUUGUCAUCGACUUCACCAGGUACUGGCAUGGGGACAACUUGCCUUUCGACGGGCCCGGGGGGAUCCUGGCGCACGCGUUCUUCCCCAGGACACACCGGGAAGGAGACGUGCACUUCGACUACGACGAGACCUGGACCAUUGGCAACAGCCUGGGCACUGACCUUCUGCAAGUGGCUGCUCAUGAGUUUGGCCACGUGCUGGGCCUGCAGCACACAGCUGUCUCCAAGUCCCUGAUGUCUCCUUUCUACAUCUUCCGCUACCCCCUCAGCCUGAGCGAGGACGACAAGCAAGGGAUCCAGCACCUAUAUGGGAAACCCUCACCAGAGCCUGACCCAACCCCAACCCCAACCCAGCCAGCAGAGCUGCCCCAGCCAGGCCUCGAAACCAAUGAGAUCACCAACGUGGAGGCUGGGCAGCCCGACGCCUGCCACACAGCCUUCGAUGCUGCAGCCACCAUCCGGGGGGAGCUGUUCUUCUUCAGGCGCCGCUACGUGUGGCGGCUGCGGGCGGGGCGGCUGCAGGACGGGUACCCAGCCCUGGCCUCCCGACACUGGCAGGGCAUCCCCAGCUCUGUCGAUGCCACCUUCGAGGACCCGCUGGGCAACAUCUGGUUUUUCCAAGAUUCUCAAUACUGGAUUUAUGAUGGUGAGAGACGGGUAUCUGGUCCCACGCCGAUCACGGAGCUGGGGCUCCCUGCAUCCCCUGUGCAGGCAGCUCUGGUGUGGGGGGCUGAGAAGAACAAGAUCUACAUCUUCAGUGGAGGCAACUACUGGCGCUUCAGCCCCCACAGGCGCCGGGUGGACAACAUCUACCCCCGGGCCAUGGCUGACUGGCGCGGCGUCCCGCCCGAGAUCGACGCUGCCUUCCAGGAUGAGUUUGGUUUUGCCUAUUUCCUGAGAGGCCGAGAUUAUUGGAAGUUUGAUCCAGUGCAGGUGAAAGUGCUGGAGGGCUACCCACGCCAGAUCAGCCAGGACUUCUUCAGCUGCACGCCCUCCUCCAACUCCUUCAGAUGAGGGGGUGCCUGUGUCCUGCACGCUCCCCUAUUAUCUCCCUUCACCUCCAGCAGCCACGCAGAGGGCUCUCUCUGCCAUUCCUGGCUUCCUUCCAGGCUCAGCAUCUGACUCACCAGGUGUCUGUCACAAGUGACAAAGUUUGCUCCUCUCCAGUUCCAGCAGCCCCAGCUUCAGUUGCUAUCAAUGUAAAAGCAGCUGCCGUGUUCUGUACGGGCAAGGGCAGCCACUCCCGUCUAGCAAUAGCAUCCCAAAAGCCAUCAGGCCAUGGAAUGGGAUCGUGCUCUCGUAACUAAUCUGAACCGUUCCCUGUAGAACUGAUCCAACGGCAUUUCCUAUGUUUACAUAACUCAUCGCGGCAGCCCUUUGCUGCUGCAGACUCUGGCCGAGGAGGAACGAUCCCGCAGCCCGGGCUCUGAAGGACACCGACCCUACCUGCAGGGGAGGAGGACUGCGACGAGCGGCUGCGGCCGCUGCCCAUCCCGGCCUGCUGUUGUAUCCCCAGUACGCGUUAGGAUUUUGUACCGAUCUGUACAUAGACAAGGGGCCCCCCUCUCCCUCCCUGGUGCCGGGUGCCAGUGCUGGACACUGCCCCGCGCUCAUCCCGCCGAGUUCCCAGCCCGGGAUGCUCCGAUGCACUGAUGGCUCUCGUCCCGCCGCUCCCGGCCGGGCUGGCAGCGCACACCGCCUCACGCCAACAGCCCCGGGCUGCCAGCAAUCCCGGCCGGAGCCGCGGGGCACGGCGUGCCCGCUCUGUGUGUGUUUGUGUAUUUAUGUACCGCCCCGCCACAAUAAAAUCCGCCUCUUUUCUA